AUGAAUUCCUAUCUUCUCAACAGAGCCCUCGGGUCUGUACCGCCAAAAGCGUUUCACACUGCACAUACGACUCGGCUGGUGCACCACCUCGAGCCUGCGCCGGGAAUCCGAUUCUCCAACCGCAGAGCCGCAUCCGAGUACAAAAGCCGCGAUGAUGCCACACCUCUCGAAGAAGAUGGAGAAGAUGGCACAUCGCCAGAAAGAGUUGUGGGGCAUUCGUCUGGAGUGAACUGUCUGGCAAUUGACCAGUUUGAGGGUCGUUACAUGAUAUCUGGUGGCGCAGAUCCAUCCAUUCACCUCUGGGAUCUUGAAAGCCGAGGCUCCGACCUCCAACAUAUUCACCGUGCUUGCGCGACAGUUAGCAAGUCAUCACAUAAAGAUGCACAUACGCAUGCAAUCACCUCGCUCUCCAUCUAUCCAUUCGACCCGGUCCCAUCUACUAUCUUCUCGACAUCUCAUGACUGCACGCUGAAAUUGUCUGCACUCGAGCCACCUGGGAUCACUCCGGUACACACAUUCAACCUUGACUGCACACCAUAUGCGCACUCCUUCUCGUCCCAGCCAGGGUCAACCCUGCUGGUGGCCGUCGCUACCGCGGAGCAUGCAGUUCGACUAGUCGACCUCCGGUCUGGAUUAGCCACGCAUGGAUUACCAGGCCAUAACGCUGCCGUCCUCUCUGUGGCCUGGGCUCCUCAUCGACCCUACCUCCUUGCCUCCGGCUCUGCCGACAAUCGAGUCAUUAUCUUCGAUGUCCGACGUGGUGGUCACAACUCCGCCAUAGCCACUCUAGACAUGGACGAUCCCGUCGGUCUCGUAGUUCCGGGGUCCAGUUCAGUCCCUGCUUCGUACGAGAGUCGACCUGCAUUUUCACGACAUGCCCGUGCACACAACGGUCCCGUUACUGGUGUUCGCUGGACUUCUAACGGCAGCCACAUCGUGACGGCGGGUCAAGACUCACGGAUCAGGGUGUGGGAUUCCGGAACGGGGGCAAAUACCUUGGCCCAUUUCGGCCCUCGAGUCCGAAAUAGCUCGACCUCGCACUUGGCGGAGCGUGCUCCCCUACUGAUCCCCAAGAGCUUUACCGGGCCCGGACAGGAGACGCUGUUAUGGCCGAACUUUAACGAGCAGGAUGACCGGGGCGAAAUUUUCAUGUUUGAGCUUAGAGAAGGGACCUUCAUCAAGCGUCUCCGUGUGCCAGGUCUGAUGACUGGAUCGCAGUCGGCUCGUGGACGAGCAAGUGCACUGAGUGGGGCACGUAUCAAUGACAUCGUGUGGAGAGGGAAUGGAGGAUCCGGCGAAGGCAUCGAAUUGUUCUCUGCUCAUGGGGACGGUACGAUACGUACAUGGGUCUCCCGAGAACCCGACGGUGAACCGGACGAAGAAGAAGAAGCCGAGCUUGCUGAGCGUAAGAGAAAACGCGAGGUAUUAGAUGAGCUUUACAGGGGAUACAUUGGACCAGAGAGCCAGGGAUUUUAA